CCGCCGCUAUCCGCUUUCUUCUCUCCGUUCUGCCAGUCGGAAGCGCUCUCGAUCGCUUUUCUUUUCCCCCAAAUUCUCGAUCUGUUCUUCUCUCUCUUUUUUUUUUGGGUGAUUUGGAGCAGGGGAGCAUCGGAUCAGGGCUUGUUGGAUCUUCUGACAAGGUUUCUGCUCUGCGAGCAUCGACCAUGCCUACGAUGCUCGGGGAGUUCCUCCAGCGGCUUGCAACCCUGAUCCCCUCAGCCACCUCCUUCCAUGGCGGUUCUUGCUCUCAUCGCCUGAAAAAUCUCGAGAAGUGGAGUCGGCGUGGUAAUUUGAGUCAGCAAUAGCUUCUAGGAAUGGCGGUACGGUUCCUCUAGGUUUCCCCCCCCUUUUUCUCUCAGUUUUCUUCUCCAACGUCUAGAAAUCUCUGGAUCGAUCUUGGGAUUAGAUCUUGGUGGUGAGGUUUGAGUCCGAGGAGUGUCUGGUUUGGAUCUGGUUCCUUUCUUCAGCUGUCGGGAGGAGAGCGCGAAGUUUGGCGUGAGGAAUUGUAUCGUCUAGUACGGACCACCCUAUGCAGAGUCCUAUGAGUGCGAGAAGGUUGAACUGGUCUCUUCAACAGGAAGCAUGUUCUCAUUACAAUAGCAUCUGGAUGGACGGUUCCACUCCUUGUGCUAAUGUGGUUUCUGGAGAUAUUGGUUGUGGGACAUAUGUAUAUAGCCUUACCUGUGAGAAAUCACAUGUAGAACUUAAAAAGUGUGCAUGUUGCAAUAUGAGAGAAACUGCUAAGAUCACACAUCAGGAGGCUCUUGACAUUUCUACUGUUAGCGAGGAAGAUCAUUAUGUAGUGCAGGAGGCUGCCUUUGCUCCCAGUGCAUUCCUGCAUGUUCCAAAUCUUGAUGGAGGACUAUCUGGCCCUAAUGCAACUUCUGAUCAAGAUAAAGCACUCGAUUCAAAGGAAAUCAAAAACUGCCAAGAGUCCUGCCAGUCUGUUUCGUUUGAUGCAAUCAAAUACAAAAGCUUGAGCAAAUGUGCAACAUUUCCUUGCUCGUUGGAGAUACCAUUGGUUACUUUGUCAAUCAAGGAAAAUAACAAGGAAUCGAGCAUAGAAGUACAAGGCCUAUGUUGUUCCACAUUCGAGAGUCCUGCUUAUGCACGUUCAAUGUCUCUGCCUAGUUCUUUGAAGCUUGUUUCUGCCAUCAAGGGAGGUCGUGCACAAAAUGGGAUAUCCCCAACAACGAAGCCACAUGUGAAAUGGGCGCCUGAGGUAUAUGAUCCACCUGCCACAUCCAUGUCGCACACAGUAAAGAAGAGCCAUCAACAACGUCCCAAGGCCAAAAAAAAGAACCACAAGAACAAGCACAAGGUCAAGUCCUCUCGAGGAGGUGGUACUGAAAGGAAACAUGCAAAUCGCUGCAGCACUAGCAAUGCAUCCGAGCCUUUGGAUCGGAGUCUUUGUAUUCUUCAGGUUACCAGCUGCUGGAGAAAGGUUAUUGUCGGAUGGAUGUGGCAAUACUAAUGCGGAAGUCUUAGAGUAUGCAGUUAGCACUUGCGAAUCUAAGUGCAGAAGCAGCUUCCUGAGGGAGGCAAUUGCUAAAGUGCAUCUUUCUACAGCUGAAGCCUCUUGAAUAGACUUAAUUUUGGCAAUGUGGACGAACUAUCAACUUGUUCAUUGUAGAUAAAUAAUGCAUGAUAAAAAUCGUUUGUGUACCUGAUAGUUUUGCCGUGAUCGUGAGAAGUUGCUAUCUGGAAGGUUAUUAGUGGCUUGAAGACGGUAAAACUGUAUAUACCCACAAAAAAAAAAAAAAAAAAAACAGUAAAGCUGCAGUGAUGUUUCAUGCUUUCAAAUUUAGAAACUGAACAAUGCGUUGUUGUUUUCGGA